ACUGCGCGCGAAGCACAUAGGGCGAUGAUAAAGCAAGAUGGCGUCUGACGGUGAAGACGUUAUUGCAGUCGUCACAGUUCAGUGUUCUUAAUCUGUGCGUCCAUGUACACAUAUAUGUCCUUUAUUACACUCUAUUAAAUAGAGUCAUAAUAACUGUUUGUAUAUUAGUCUGAGCGCACUUCUCCAGCUAGCUUAGCUUGCUAGUUAGCUUAGCUUGUUAGCUGCUAACAAAGAGAGAUGAAAACACAUCGCUAAGCAGAGAUCAAGUGUGAGUGUAAAGUGUUGUGAUUGUGUGAACAUGUGCGAAAGAACCAUAGCAGAGUACGAGGAGGAACUUUGUCCAACAAAAGAGGAGAACAUGAAAAACAUCAAGUUGUGUUACACACAACAGGGUGAAUUUUGGCGAAUUAAACGCCUUUCUAUUAUUCGCUCAAUGUGACGUCACAUUGGGAAGCAAUCCGCCAUUUUCUCAAACACAUUACAAACACCGAGUCAAAUCAGCUCUGUUAUUUUCCGUUUUUUCGACUGUUUUCCGUACCUUGGAGACAUCAUGCCUCGUCAGUGUGUUGUCGGAGGGUGUAACAACACCAACAGGGACGGAUUCAAGUUGCACCAGUGGCCCAAAGAUGCCAAAGUGGCAAGAAAUUGGACGAAAUUUGUUCAAAAUACGAGGGUGUGGGGAAAGCCGACGAAAUGGUCAGUCGUUUGUUCCGCACACUUUACCGAUGAAAGCUAUGCUACGACAGAGAUGGCAAGAAUGUGUGGAUAUCCUGCGACACUCAAAGCAGAUGCAUUUCCAACCAUAAAGUCAAAGAAAUCUGCCGCCAGACCCCCAUUGAAUCUGCCGGAGUGUGUGAGCAAUUCAGGGACAAAGGACCUUGGUAGCACGGCAAGCAAUGGCGGCAGUUUGUUCCCGCAGACGAGCGAGCUAAACCCCCUGGAUGUCUUGGCUCACACCGUCCCGAAGAUGAUCAAGAGAAGAAUAUCGACCCUAGCUUCCCUGGCCUGCUGACAUCAACUCCAAAACUGGACAGAUCAGCUUUCAGGAAAAGAGAGCGGAUGAGGGUGUUACAGGACAUGUUUUCGAACUCUUAUGGACAUUCACUGUUCUCUGAAGAGGAUGAUUAUCAAACUUUGUCAAGAGCGGAUAUUGGAGUUCAGACAUACCCUGAUGUGAAGUCUAAAGACUUCUGUGAAAAACAACUUCUGCCUGAAAAACAGGAGAGUAGCUCCAGGAUGUUGAAGGAGGAUCCACCAAAGAGGAAGACCAGGCACCACGGACCCUCUGGCGUCUCCUUUUCCUCUUUGACACAGACCCUUCCCUGUAAAAAGGAAGAGGAAGACUCACUGACCCCCCACAUUAGAAAGGAAGAGACGGAACACAGCAUCAGUCAGGAGGGAGAUCAUAUUGAAGGACUGGUGGAGUUCCCAGUGACUGGUGUCCCUGUGAAGAGUGAAGAUGAUGAGGUCAAAGGUGAAAGUGAGGAGAAGAGAGAGGCGGAGCCUCCAAGCAGCAGCUCAAUACAACACAUGACAACAGAAGCUGAUGGAGACCACUGUGGAGGAUCACAAGCAGACAAGAUCUUAGCUCCACUAUCAGAUAGUGAGGACACAACGUCACACUCUCCUGACACUGAUGAUGAACACUCUAAAGAUGAUGCAACAUGUCACACUGACAACACUCACUUCACAUGUUCUCACUGUCACAAAACUUUUAAGUACCAUAGCCUUCUGAAAAGACACAUGAGAAGACACACUGGAGAAAAACCUUUUUCUUGCUCAGAAUGUGGUAAAUUUUUAGUAACAAGUGGACAUUUAAAAGUACACAUGAGAACACACACUGGAGAAAAACCUUUUAUCUGUUCACUCUGUGGUAAAAGUUUUACACAAAGUCAAAAUUUGAAAGUACACACUAGAACACACACUGGUGAAAAAUCAGAUUCCUGUUCAAUCUGCAACAGAAGCUUUUGUGACCCAUCAAACCUUGUAGCACACAUGAGAAGACACACUGGGGAAAAACCUUUUUCCUGUUCAAUCUGUGGUAAAGGUUUUACACAAAAUCACCAUUUGAAAGUACACAUGAGAACGCACACUGGCGAAAAAACUUUUUCCUGUUCAAUCUGUGGUAAAGGUUUUACACAAAGUCAGAAUUUGAAAGUACACACUAGAACACACACAGGUGAAAAAUCACAUUCCUGUUCAAUCUGCAACAGAAGCUUUUGUGACCCAUCAAACCUUGUAGCACACAUGAGAAGACACCCAGGAGAGAAAGUGUGUAGUUGCAGCGUGUGUGGUGAAAGAUUGUCUUCUAAGUACCAGUGUAAGAAACACAAGUGUGCUGGUGAGAACAGCAGCAGCAAAUGAAACUGCAGGAUUUGAAAUAAACUGUCAAGACUUUAAUGUUGACUUUCUAACAACAUCAGCACAUAUAACAUGUGUGACAUUGUUGUUUGUGUAACUAUCUUUUUAAUAUGCUUCUACAUUUAUAGAUUGGAUAGUUUGAAAUAUUGAAGUAUUACAUCAUUUUAUUUCUAAUUGUUAAUAAUCCCAUAGAUUAGCAUCUUUAUAUGAUAUACAUAUGUACUGGUUCAAUCAGUCAAUCAAUCAAUGUUUAUUUACAAACCUCGUUUCCAUAUGAUCCAUGAAAUGUUCAGUCAUUCACAAGAAAGGAUGGGGCGAGGGUCACCACUUUGUCAACAAACGAGUGAGCAAAUUGUUGAACAGUUUAAGAAAAACCUUUCUCAAGCAGCUAUUGCAAGGAAUUUAGGGAUUUCACCAUCUACGCUCCGUAAUAUCAUCAAAGGGUUCAGAGAAUGUGGAGAAAUCACUGCACGUAAGCAGCUAAGCCCGUGACCUUCCAUCCCUCAGGCUGUACUGCAUCAACAAGCGACAUCAGUGUGUAAAGGAUAUCACCACAUGGGCUCAGGAACACUUCAGAAACCCACUGUCAGUAACUACAGUUGGUCGCUACAUCUGUAAGUGCAAGUUAAAACUCUACUAUGCAAGGCGAAAACCGUUUAUCAACAACACCCAGAAACGCCGUCGGCUUCGCUGGGCCUGAGCUCAUCUAAGAUGGACUGAUACAAAUUGGAAAAGUGUUCUGUGGUCUGACGAGUCCACAUUUCAAAUUGUUUUUGGAAACUGUGGACGUUGUGUCCUCCGGACCAAAGAGGAAAAAAACCAUGCGGAUUGUUAUAGGCGCAAAAGACUAUGCCAAGAAACGUUACCAUGGACCCCCUGCUUAUUUCAGCAAGACAAUGCCAAGCCACGUGUUACAUCAACGUAGCUUCAUAGUAAAAGAGUGCGGAUACUAGACUGGCCUGCCUGUAGUCCAGACAUUGAAAAUGUGUGGCGCAUUAUGAAGCCUAAAAUAGCAGAAGGGAGACCCCCGGACUGUUGAACAACUUAAGCUGUACAUCAAGCAAGAAUGGGAAAGAAUUCCACCUGAGAAGCUUCAAA